AUGGCCAGAGGACAGCCUCGUUCGACACCGCCGCAAACCAACCCACCCCCCGCCGAUGUCGACAUGACGGACCUCAUGAACCCCGCUAGCCAGGAUGAGGACGUCCGCCCGGUAGACCGUACACCGACCAGUAACCCCUCGUCGACUUUGCCGCUGCUUUACGAUCUCGACGCCCUGGCCCAAAUCCCGCAGGGAGAGUUCACCAAGGACGUUCCGCCCGCGCCGAUAGGGGAGUUCACGAAACCACGCAAAACGUCGACGCCGACGGAUGCAGGGGAGGCCGGGCCGUCGUCUGUGCCGGACGGAUCGGGCGACCAGGAUGAGGACGAUUAUUCAUCGGCGAGCGACGAGGACGACGAAGACGACCCGCGGCCCCGUCGUGGUGCAGGUCCGCGCACAUUGGAAGAAAAACUCAGGGGGGAACGUGCGUUCAUAGAGGAACUGUUGGACGAGAACGAGCUUGAGGAUCUGCUGCACACGUCGGUCCCUCGAGAAAUGUGGAAGGCGGCCGACUUCGUAGAGGAAGAUAUGGUGUAUGCGUGCGUCGACGUGCUCGUGAUGGAGGCAAUGCGCCACCUGAAAACCAUAGAGGCCAAGAGCACGCUCAAGUCCUACACCUCAUGGAUAUACGACUACAAAAGGUGGACGGCGAAGAUGCUUAAAAAAAUUGGCGACAAACUGCCGACAGCAGAACAAAUGAGGCACGUCGACGAGAUAGGGCACUGGACACACAACAACAAGAGCAAGGAUUGGGACAACGAGAAGGUGGUCAAGCGGAAGCACAUAUGGCUGCACGGCCCCCGGGUCACUAGUACGCGACUGCGCGCCUACAUCAAGUUCAUGAGGCGGGAGUACAAGAUCGACGCCGACACGAACGAGCCAGUGCGAGCCUACACGGUGCACAUGAUCCUCGGCCGCAUCAAGGCCUGCCAGAUGGCGGCGAGGGUGGAGGCGACGCUCUUCAAGGAGAAGGAGUUGGGCAUCAUGCGGGAAAUCUCGGUGGUCCGGUCGGAGGUGCUCACGCUGCUCUCCCACCACAGCCUCAUGCGCGGUGCAAGCAUACGCGAGAUAACGCUCCCCGACAUCUUCCUGUACCGACUGGCGAGCACCUCGUCGGUGAACCCGGAUAACCAGCCGGUCGUCAUGGUGGUCGCCGCGCGGAACUCGAAGACGUCGAAGGAUGCGCGUCUUCAACAGAGCUACGCGGCGCGGCACCUAGAAGCGGAGUUGUGCGCCGUCGGCGAGACCGGGCUGUGGUUACACUUCGUCCUCGACCAGAUCGGCCAGUUUCACGGAGUCGACCUCAUUCCGCCGGUCGACACCAGCACACGCGAGCUCUGGUACAAGAAGCACCUGUUCUUCGCCCGCAACGACCCCGAGCAGGGCGAACUCUCAGCUCCCAGCCACCAGCGAUGGACGAGGCAGAUGUGGAAGACGAACGGGGUGUUCUGCAAGCGGAACGUCCAUGCCGCUCGGGCGGGCGGGGCGCAGGAGUUGGCCAUCCAAGGUACGCCUCGCGCCGAGAUAGCCGAGCUGGGUCACUGGGCUCUCGACAAGAUGACUCGAGCCUACAUCACGUCCAUUCCCGUCGGCGUGGUGAUGAAGAAGGCCGGCUAUUCGGGAUUCACGCAGGACUACUUCUUGGGUCGCAGUAGGGUGGAACCGGGAGACGAACUCCUCGCUCUCAUCGCCGAGCACAUCUUCCCCGACGUCGACGACCUCCUCAACAAGGCAGAAGAACUCGCGAAGAAGGGGUCCGACGCCGACGUUGCGGCCGUGCAUUUCUGGCGCACCCUUCUGAUGUUCCGCCGCAUUGUCGCCGAGGACCUCGCGGUGAAACUCGUCCGCACCCCUUGGCACCCGUACAUCCAGUAUUCCAAGCUCUGCCGGAUUCCCCUCUUCCAGCACUGGGCGAAGAGGGUCGAGAAGACCGACACCGACACCAUAAAAAAGCGGCAAGAUCCAACCCUCAUCCAGCCAGAGGUAGGUCAUCUUUUAUGCCGACGUCGCGAUGUUAUCUAUGACCGCUACAACCCCUCAUCUGCACCGUUAUUCGCAUACCAUUGCAGGAGAUAUCGGUCCGCCAUGACGCCCAGUUCGCGGUCGUCUCCCUCACGGAGACGCUUAAGCUCGAGAGGGAGCGGUCAACGGUCCAGAAGCUCGACCUCGAGGGUCCAGAAGCUCGACCUCGAGAAUCGCGACGCAACCAUCGCGUCGCUCGCGGCCGAGAUAACACGCCUCACCGAGGCUCUCCGCGUUUCAGAAGCUCGAAGGAUGCCGGAGGCGCCGCCAGCUGCUAACGACCAGUCGCCGAGCGACGGUGGCUCCGCGGAGUCGGCAAGCAGGGGUGGAGGAGCCAACAAACCCAAUAAACCCCCACAGACGGUCGAGGAGGCUAGCUACGAGCUGAACGUAGUGCAGCCUUGGCGGACUGCAACGACCGUCAAGGACGCGUGGCGCCUCUGGACCUCGUGCACCAGCGCCGACACCCGUCGUCUGUGCGACAGGUUCAGGGAGCCGGGAUUCGUCGACCGCCACACCCUCCUCGACGGAGCCUCGCAGGGAGCACACGGGACGAGGGUGCGCCGCAUGAUGAAGGUCAUCGAUGCGGUGCGCCAGCUUCGCAGGAGCGACGGCGAAGCCGACACGGAAGCCACCGUCGACGCGCUUAACAAGAUAGCGGCGCCUGGCAUUGGGACCUUCGCGGAUGCCCUCACGGUGCUCAACGCGGACGCCGUAGCGACCUAUGCUGGGCAGGGUAAGGGCGUCAAAGGGCUCGGCAAGACGGAAUUUUCCAAGCUUCGUGUCGCCUGUGCGUUCGUGGCGCGCGGGCUCAAGCCCGAAACGUGGGUCGCCGACCUGUUCCCGGACACCUGGGUUGAGCAGAUGAAGAAGACGUUGGCCGACCUGGCCCGCGAAAACGACGCCGGGCAGCUGCCUCCGACCAAUAAGUCGACCAAGCGCAAGAAAACCGCUUGA